AUGAGAACAAUCCUGCAGGUGAUAUCCUCCAGCAGCGCACCAACCACUCUGCCAGCAAUGUUUCCAGGCUCCUCGUCCUGCAGCACGCGGGUGUACCUCAUCUCGGACCUGCAGCCUCUCCUGCAGCUGCUGAACGGCACCGACGCUGCCUGGGACUUCGACGCCUGGUAUGUGCACGAUGCCUGGUAUGUGCACGAUGCCUGGUACGUGCACUCGAGGAGGGCCGGGGUGCGUUGGGUGCUGACGCAACAUCGCGUGUACCGUAAGGACGACCCGGAGGUCGUGUCCCUGGACGCCCUGGUGGGGGAGAUUACAAACGAUCUCCACUUCAUCAAGACCUGCGCUCCCACCGACUUCAUGGGCGUCCCACUCACGGUUGCUACGUUCGAGUGGAAGCCAAGCGUCUUCUACGUUCAAGACCCUGAUGGGCGCAGCGUUCCUGGCUACGGCAUCGACGUGCAGGUGGUUAAGGCCCUCGCUGCGGACCUCAACUUCUCCGUCGUGUUCCGGGAACCUCCUGCAGGGGAGUUUUGGGGCCUGCUGAAGGGGGCAGAGUGGACAGGCAUGGUGGGGAUGGUGAACAGCACCCGCGCUGACAUCGGGGUUGGCAACCUCUUCCUCAGUGCUGACCGCAGCCACGCCGUGCUCUACAGCACGCCGUAUGAUGCUGAGGUAGUGCUGCACUGGUGCUCUAUAGCACGCCGUAUGAUGCUGAGGGCGGAGCAGCCGACGAAGAAGAAGCAGACGCUGCAGCAGACGCUGGGUCGCGUCUUCAGAGACCCGGUGAACUGGAGGCCCGAAAGGCACAGCUCCAGGCUGCUGCUGAGCGUGGUCUGGCUGUACGUGAUCGUCAUCACCGUCGCGUACUGCAGUAACCUGACAGCACUCCUGACGGUGACCAAGAUCCCUCCGGCGUUCGAGACAAUCAAAGGUCUCUAUGAUACGGGCCUGGAAGUCACCUCUCUUGGGGACUUCUUCAGGGGCGCCCUGGCCUCCGCCAUAGACCCGUACCUGAAGGGUUUGGCUGAUCGCUUCAUGGGAUACGACGACCUAGGGAGCGCUUGGUCGAGGGUGCAGAAAGGUGACGCUGUAUACCUUCACAACCGCCAGUUCCUCGAAUACACCAUCGCCACAUACCCCUGCGCUCGUCCUUGUCUUCGCAUCAUGAAGGAGUGCUUCGCUCCCUACAGCAUUGCCCUGGCGCUUCAACAACACUCGCCUCUGAAAGCGGCGGUGGACGCAAGUCUCCUGAGGCUCAUCGAGUCUGGCCUCGUGAGGCACUGGUUCCUCGAGAGCCUCGCGCUUUCCCGGCAG